AUGUGCAGCUACAGAGAGAAGAAGACUGAACCCGUGGAUCUUCUUCAGCUGGAUGGAUACACAGUGGAUUACACUGACCCUCAGCCAGGGUUAGAUGGUGGUCGGACAUUCUUCAACGCUGUAAAAGAGGGGGACACUGUGAUCUUUGCCAGUGACGAUGAACAAGACCGUAUCUUAUGGGUUCAGGCUAUGUACAGGGCCACUGGACAGUCACACAAGCCAGUGCCUCCUACCCAGGUCCAGAAGCUCAACUCCCGGGGGAUUAAAGCACCACAACUUGAUGCUCCCAUAUCUCAGUUCUAUGCUGAUCGAGCCCAAAAACAUGGGAUGGAUGAAUUUAUUUCAGCGAACCCUUGCAACUUCGAGCAUUCCUCAUUGUUUGAACUGCUGCAACGCCUUACCCUGGAUCACAGGCUCAAUGAUUCCUACUCUUGCUUGGGCUGGUUCAGUCCCGGUCAGGUGUUUGUCUUGGAUGAGUACUGUGCUCGCUACGGUGUUCGGGGCUGCCACCGGCAUCUGUGCUACCUGGCCGAUCUGCUGGAGAGAGCUGAGAACGGAGCCAUGAUUGACCCUACGCUCCUUCACUACAGCUUUGCUUUCUGCGCCUCACAUGUCCUCGGAAAUAGACCUGAUGGUAUUGGUACAGUAACUGUAGAGGAGAAGGAGCGCUUUCAGGAAAUCAAGGAGAGGCUACGGGUGCUGCUUGAAAACCAGAUUACACACUUCAGAACUAAAUUUGUUGAGGCCGGCAUUACUAAAGUGUGCCACCUAGCGAUAACAUCCAUGGACACACUCUGUGACGUCACAAACAUCAGGUCCUCCAGACUGGUUCUGAUGAAGGAUAUUGUUACCCCAGUCCAACAAGAAGAAGUAAAAGCUGUGAUAAGGAACUGUUUGGAACAGGCAGCUCUGAUCAACUAUCAGCGUCUAUCGGAGUAUGCUAAACUAGAAGGGAAAAAGAGAGAGAUGUACGAGCAUCCCGUCUUUUGCUUGGCUUCACAAGUGAUGGAUUUAACCAUUCAAAAUGCUGGGCAUUUAGUCACCCCUGCCAAAAAACUGGAGGACACCAUACGCUUGGCCGAGCUGGUGAUGGAGGUUCUUCAGCAGAACGAGGAACACCAUGCUGAGGCGUUUGCCUGGUGGUCUGACCUGAUGGUGGAGCAUGCAGAGACCUUUCUUUGUCUUUACUCGGUGGACAUGGAUGCUGCCCUGGAAGUCCAGCCACCUGACAGCUGGGACAGUUUCCCUCUCUUUCAACUGCUUAAUGACUUCCUGAGGAUGGACCGGAACAUGUGCAAUGGGAAGUUCCACAAACACCUGCAAGACCUGUACGCUCCACUGGUGGUGAGAUACGUGGACCUCAUGGAGUCAUCCAUCGCCCAGUCCAUUCACAGAGGCUUUGAAAGGGAAACGUGGGAACCCGUUAAUAAUGGCUCUGGGACAUCAGAAGACCUCUUCUGGAAGCUUGAUGCUCUACAGACCUUCAUAAAAGAUCUGCACUGGCCGGAAGAAGAGUUUUGCAAACACCUGGAGACUCGACUGAAGCUUAUGUCCAGCGACAUGAUAGAAUCUUGUGUAAAACGGACUCGGGUAGCGUUUGAGGUAAAGCUUCAGAGAGGCAGCAGAGCUACAGACUUCCGCGUCCCACAGUCCGUGUGCACCAUGUUUAACGUGAUGGUGGAUGCUAAGGCCCAGUCAGCCAAACUCUGUGCCGUGGACGUUGGGCAAGAGAGACAAUACCACUCCCAAAUCGACAGUCUAAUUGAGGAAACAGUGAAGGAGAUGACAACUCUUCUGGUUGCAAAGUUUGUUGUCAUUCUAGAGAAUGUAUUAUCCAAGAUCUCCAGAUAUGAUGAAGGAACCCUCUUCUCCUCCUUCCUUUCUUUCACAGUGAAGGCUGCCUCAAAGUAUGUGGAUGUGCCUAGACCGGGGAUGGAUGUUGCCGACUGCUAUGUGACAUUUGUUCGUCAUUCCCAGGAUAUGUUGCGGGAAAAAGUCAACGAGGAGAUGUACAUAGAAAGACUGUUUGAUGUAAGUAAGCCACAGCGCCUCUAUCCUAUCUAG